UCAUGCAGGAGCGGCAGCAGAUGGCCAGCCGGCCGUUCUCCUCGGUGGCCGUGGCGCUGGAGGUGGGUGGGGACCAGGAGGACCUUCUGCUGGGACAGGUGGAGGUCAUGCCCAAGCCCAUCGCCGUGGAACCCUGCUGGGGAAGCAAAGCUGGCGUUCUGACCGUCCUCCUGUGUUUACCCAGAGUUCCAUCGGGUAUACCGCCUCCAGGACAGUCUGGCUUAGCUAUAGCCAGUGCUCUGGUGGACACCUCGCAGCAGAGACCAGGAGACAUCAAAGACAGGCACCUGGGCCUCAAGAUCCGCAAACCACACACAGUGCAUCACCAGGGGACCUGCGUUUAAACCGCCUGACCGCAAGCACGCCACGCCUGUCAGACCCAACUCUGGGGUCGCUUCUCUACGCGAACACACUCUGAACUCUUGUGUAGAUAACUUCCAGAAACUUCUUAUCCAUCGUUUGUGGAUGUGGUUGAGGUGCGGUUUAAGUGACCUGUGCCUCUUCACCUCAUGCUGGGAUGGAGUUCAUCUCAGAGAGACUCUUCUCUGAUAGGCCUGAAAUUAGACAAGUCCCGCCCAGGUUGACGAGGCUUUGUCGUCAUAGGUCCCUCCGGUCCCAGAAUAGAACCACUCCACAGGAAAUGCAGGAGCAGAUUUCCGUUGGCUCUGUGGGAAGAUGCAUCAUGGACUUGAGUGUGAACUGUAGCAUUCUGGACUGAGAAGAAGUGGACGGCCAACCUCCCCUUUUCAUAUCAGAUACGUUAAGAAUACAAAAUGGCUCCUCUAUGUUUUCGUUUUUUUGAUGUGGCUUGGAGAAUGAAAUGCCUGUGAUCCUCCUCGCUCCAUACACUGAGCCUGAAUAAGCCUGGCAGUUCUACAAGUUCUGCUCAGGGUUCUGUAGGAAAAGGGUACUAUGUUCUAAAGCUGGGUUCCAUAUUCAUGUCUGUGUGCGCUGAUAGAAAUACAAAACAGGAAUAUAACUGCUACAUCAAUGUUUUUAACUUCAGGUAUUUGUAAUACCAAUAUAAAGCUUUUUCAUACCAGCAACAUAUCCGCGUCAUAUCACCAGAUCUGUGAAGAUGUUUUAACAUAUGCUUCGUUUUUUCUGCAAAAAACUGUGUCAGUAAACAUAUCAUUGCGCAUGUGUUUAUUUAAGAUUCAUGAAUUUAUUUUCAAUUGCAUUUUGUAUCCUGUUUAAUUUUGCUGUUGUGUGUUGUAAAACUGUAAUAUUGACAAGGGCAUAUAGGUUCAAAAAUACACCUAACUUCUGUGGCUUUUCAAACUCCCACUUCUUUUUGUGCAGUGUGUUUAUUAAGCCAACACCAGAUCCUCCAUCUCACCUGUACAAUAUGUGCACUGUAUCACUCAAGGGGUUAUUGCUAUUUUGUUUUUACCGUUGCAAAAAAUGUUGAAUGUUUGUUUACAUGUUUAGAUGAGUAGGCGUCCUUUGUUAAAAUGUUUGUUCUAAGCAUUCUACAGUAUAUGUUCAUAAUAAUUUAGUUAUUUCCUGGCAUGAGUGCAGAUGUAUAAAUGCCACACUUUAACUUGUGAAUACAGUCAGAAAUGUAUAAAUGUAAAGUAAACGAAUGAAUUCCAUGUAAUGUAUUUUACACAGAUUUGUUGAACUUUGUAUUCAGAAAGGCAGCUCACAACUGUUAUGUGCAUAUGCGCACAAAUAUGCAAAGUUAUUAAACAUUUUGAUGCUUCUUCAUACUGUCA